CAAAAUCAACAAUUCUAUCAUUGGAUAUGUUUGUGUAUAUAUAUAAAGGAUUGAAUUAAGUGAUCUAUUGCCAGUGACUGUCCAAUGUGAUAAGGACCUUAUUAAUAUGUAGUGAAAUCGAAGACUUCGAAAAACAUUUUAUAUUAUUAACAGUUUGUAAUUAAAAAAAUAUCAAGAGAACAAGGCAUGAAGGUUGCAUUAGCAUUAUUGUGCCUUUGUAGCACAGUGUGGGCUAGUACGAAACCAAUUGCGAUUCCAGAUUGUAUACUCGCAGCAUCCAACGGUUAUGCUUAUCCACCACCGGAAGUCCAGCUUUCAGUGACUCCUGCCAGAGCUAAAUAUAAAUUAUCAAGCCAAUCAGAUGGCGGAUAUCUAAAUGUUGAUACGRUAAAAUCCUCCGAAUCUUAUUACGAGAGUGGAGCUGGUGAAAAACUACUACAAAUAUCCGCAAAUGCAGCAAUAAAGGAGGGAGGUAUUACAUAUGCAGACCAACCGCUCAAAACGCCGGGUAUUUUACAACCCCAAAUUGCUAUUUCAAAAACCGUUCUUCUACCGCCAAAGGUGGAAACGAUCUCUAAUGCKUAUUUACCGCCAGCCGCUAAUAUCGUGCCAAAACUUGCAUUAACUUCACCGGGGUUAUCAAAAUCGUAUGCCACAUUACCCAGUAUACAAUUACAAAGUUUGUCUGCGCCAACUAUUUCAAAAAGUGCUGCAUAUGAGUCAUCUGGUUAUUCUUACUACCAGUCCAGCCCAACAAUUUCGAAAACCACUGCGUAUGUUAAUCCACUACAGACUGGGCCUAUAAGAUCAUAUGCACCAGCAAUAUCCUAUAGCGCUCCUUACACAGAAAAAUUAGGAAAUUCGUUAGCCUCGGUAUCAUUAACGAAUUUGGAAGGUAACUUGUUGGCCGAAAAAACGUCCCAUCCACUUGGCUCCUACUCGUACGCGCCGAAGCUUGCAAGCACAUAUAUUUCAACCGCUCCGUCUUCAGCAGGAUAUCAAUCCCAAUAUCUAACAUCUUCCGAAGAUUUCUCUAAAUAUAGSACAGGUGGAGGGAUCUCUCACCAAUAUGUUUCGAAACCUAUUCAACAAAUUAGCGUCGGCCUUCCGGCUCCCCCUAAAAUAUCUACAGUUGUAGCGCCAGUAGUCUCUAAAGUGCAAUCUUACGUCGCACCAGCAGUUCUCUCUAGUGCCGGUUUCUCAAAGUACGGAACAAGUGGUGCCUAUUCGCAUCAACAGAACUCACAGCCUGUGCAAUCUACAUCGUACGCACCAGCCAUUGCGCAAUAUCCCACCGCUGGUGCUUCUCUAAGCGUUGGCAGCAGUGUUGUUUCACAACCUCUACAAUCUGUCGGUUAUAUUAGUCCUGGUGUACAAAAGGUGGCCACUAUAGCAACACCAUUAGUAGCGCCGGCAGUAACUCCGAUAGGUUAUGCAGCCCCAUCCAUUUCAUCUAUUCAUUCCGGAUCUCAAUCUGUAAAGUAUGCAAGUGGUGGCGCAGUUUCGCACCAAUAUGUUUCAAAACCGUUACAAACAGUAAGCUACCAGGCCGCACCUAUAGCAAAAGUGCCGACUGUUGCUAUUCCAACUCUAUCAAAAGUCGAAACUUACGCUGCACCCACAUUAACAAAAUAUCCUUCUGGAAUUGGAAUUUCUAAGCUUGGCGGUUAUGGAGCCUCUACUAUUACACAAUAUACAUCAGGUCAUGGAAUUUCUAGCGGUGCAAUUUCCCAACAGCAAGUUUCUAAACCUUUACAGCCACUUACUUACUCAGCUCCGGCACCAGUUGUUACACCGGCUGUUACACAAUACUCAACAGGCUCCGGUUUAUCAUCCAUACAUUCAGGAUCACAAUCUGUAAAAUAUUCCGGUGGUGGUGCAGUUUCGCAUCAGUAUGUCUCGAAACCAGUGCAGACUGUGAGCUAUGCUGCUGCACCAAUUGCUAAAAUCCCGACUGCUAGCAUUCCGGUUCUCAGUAAAGUUGAAACUUAUGCCUCGCCCUCUAUUACUCAGUAUUCUUCCGGUUUGGGAGUUUCCAAAUAUGGCAGCUAUGCAGCACCCACCAUUUCUCARAUUUCUUCAGGUCACGGACUUUCCAGUGGUGCCACCUCUCAUCAACAAGUCCUUAGACCGGUGCAAACAUUAACUUACACCGCACCUGCAGCACCCAAAGUUGCUGUCAUUAAACCUAUUUUACAACCAGCACUAACUUCUAUUCCUACGGGUGUUCAAUCUGUCAAGUAUGAAAACAGUGGUGCAGUUUCGCAUCAAUACGUUUCGAAGCCUUUAAAUACUGUAAAUUACGUCGCAACGCCAGUAGCUAAAGUGGCACCGGUUGCGGUCCCGGCUAUUGCCGUCCCCUCACCCACCCAAUAUUCAUCUAGUCAAGGUUUAUCGAAAUCUAUAAACUAUGCAACUCCAGCUGUAACAUCUAUUAGCGGUGGCAGUUAUGCUUCUUACGGUUCGUCUGGUGCUAUAUCGCACCAGCACGUUUCCAAGCCUCUACAAUCAGUUACAUAUUCAGCUCCUUCAAUAACUAAGAUCUCUGCGGCGGCACCAAUUGUGACACCUGUCUUAACACAGUAUGCUUCGGGCACUGGAUUAACUUCACUACACACAGGUUCGCAAUCGGUCAAAUACGAAAAUGGUGGCGCUGUUUCACAUCAAUAUGUAUCCAAACCAGUGCAAACAGUGAACUAUGCAYCUGCUCCAAUUGCAAAAGUAYCUACGCUUGCCGUUCCAGCAAUAGCUAAAGUGGCCACUUAUGCGACUCCUGCAGUAACACAAYAUUCAUCAGCCYAUGGCAUAUCAAGUUCAUUGGGCUCUGGUCUAACAUCGAUAAGUUCCGGUUUGCAAUCCAUUAAAUAUGGAGGCAGUGGUUCAAUUUCCCAACAUGGUACCUACGCUACUGUCCCAGCCAUUCCUUCCAUUUCCUCAGGAGGAGCUAUAUCACAGCAGCAUACCCAAUACACUUCUGGAUCGGGCUUAACGUCUUUGCAGUCAGGAUUACAGUCAGUGAAAUAUGCAAGUGGUGGUGCAGUUUCACAUCAGUACGUAUCCCAGCCUGUGAAGACUGUAGGUUAUGCGCCAGCACCUGUGGCGAAAGUUGCGACUGUCGCUGCUCCUGCCAUUGCUAUACCCGCCGUGGGAAAGGUCGGAGUCUACAGCGCACCUGCUAUCACGCAAUAUUCAUCCGGUCUCGGUAUAACAAGUGGAGCUGUGUCACAACCGUUGACUUAUGCAUCCCCAGCAAUAACGAAAGUCGCCGCCGUAGCGCCUAUAGUAACACCCGCUCUUACUCAAUAUACUUCAGGCUCAGGUUCACAGUCCGUAAAAUAUGCAAGUGAUGGCGCAGUUUCUCACCAGUAUGUAUCGAAACCUGUCGUAAGUUAUGGAUCAGCACCUGUGGCAAAAGUAGCAGCAGUUGCUGUUCCCUCCGUUGCAAAGGUUGGCGUAUACGCUUCACCUGCAAUUACCCAAUAUUCUUCUGGAUUAGGCGUAUCACAGGCUGGCUACAGCUACGGCACGACUCCMSCAGCUGCUACCAUACAACUUGGCGGUUCGUCUAUUAAAUCGAUACAAUCGGGUUCACAAUCUCUAAACUACGCUAGUGGAGGCGCUAUUUCACACCAACAAGUUUCAAAGCCGGCACAAUCUCUGCUGUUCGCCACACAAGCUGCAACAUUGACAACCCCAUCUAAAGGUUAUCUCGCACCUGCUCUCGGUAUAGCAAAAACAUCAGCAUAUCCAGCUCCAGGCGUAACCUCUAUCCAAUCAAGUACGGGUUUUGCAAAAUAUGGCUCCAGCGGUUCAUUUUCACAACAAUACGUCUCCAGACAACCCAUACUACAAUCGGGCUCCAGCGUCACGAUAAGCAACCUUAACGCAUACACUGCACCCGCCGCCGCGACAGUGGUAACUAGUCCUGCGAUAGCAAAAGUAGCAACUUAUGCCGCUCCUGCCUUAUCAUCAACGAUCCAUACAAGUACCGGCUUAGGUGGAUUAUCCACAAGUGGUGCGAUAUCCACUCAAUACUCCGGUAUAUCUUCCAAAACAGGUAUAGCUGGACUAACCCUAACUUCACCUGGCAGUUUAGGUUUGGGUAAAUAUUUAUCCAAUGGCGCGAUCCUACAACAGCAGCAAAUUCCAAUCGCAACCAGUUUGGCACAACCGCUUUCUGGCAAAUCUAGCUACAGUUAUUCCGCUUCAACACCGCUUAGCUCAAUUGGCUAUUCCCCCGCUCCCAUAGCGCAUGGUUCAUACUAUGGAGCGAUCGCUUUAGGACACAGCGGUCUAUCACCAAUUUUGAAACUAGAUGGUUCGGGAACAAGUGCUUUGCAUGGACUCGGGAGUAAUUUAGGUAUUUCAACAUUGAAAUUAGGAACCCAACCAGCCUUGCCACUUUUAAAGAGCCAAGGAGAAAUACUUAACGGCUAUGCACAUGGAAUUGGCGGCAUUGGACCAUUAGGCGGUGGACUCUACAGAUAUGCACCAUCAGUAUCGCCUCUACUGACGCAGAGUGCCAGUCCCACAGCGUACUUAAAAGCCCAACCGGCACUCAAAAUACAACCAGCUGUAAUUAAAACGAUUCCAGAAAAGCACUACGAACAUUAUAGUGAUCAUGCAAGAUACGCCUUCGAGUAUGGUGUCAACGAUCCUUAUACCGGCGAUAUCAAACAUCAAAAGGAAGAGCGUGACGGUGAUGUUGUAAAAGGUGAAUACUCUUUGGUAGAACCCGACGGCAAUGUGCGUACAGUCAAAUACUAUGCCGAUUGGGAGACUGGAUUCCAUGCUGAAGUCAUUAAUAGUCGAGAUUCCGGAAAAUUAGUCACAAAACGGAGUUCACCGAAAUCGUGAAUAAUUGUUAAGAUAAAUGAAUGAAAUUUAGUUAAAUACACUCAUCAUCAUUUUGUAUCAUCUUUUACGUAUUUGUAGUUAGUUUAAAGGAAAUAUGAAAGGACUUUACAACGCAUAGCAUUUACAUAUUCAUUACAUAUGUACAUACAUAUAUAAGACCAGAUAUUUAUCGUCUUUUUAUAUUUUUCCCUUCAGUUGUGUUAUGUAAUCCGAAAACUCAAAACAAGUUUAGUCCAAGACCUUAUUACAUAACUUGCCACCAUUUUUGUUUUGUCUGUUAAAAAAAACAAAAAAAAA